AAAUUAGAAAUGUGGGUUGGUGUGGAUUCGGUCAUCGAUGUCGACAAUUUUGUAUAAAUAGCAAGAAGAGGAAACCAAGAACCACAUUCAGAUUCCUGUGUGUUGUUUAUGCUGCAUAGUUUACCACACAGACACCCACUGAAGAAGAAAAGGAAGGGGAAGAGGUGGUUAUGGGAAGUAAAACAGAUGAACUCUACUUUGUAUUCAUGAACUUUGAUCCUGAAUACGAGCGUCUUCGAGCUGAUCGAACGAAACAAGGGGCUUACGAACUUGAUGUGUAUCUGAGCAAUAAACACGAUCAGUUGUUGGCGAGCACACUGGAACCUGGGACGUACAAUAAGAGAUUUUCUUUGGUUAUUGUUGAUGGAUUUGCUGUAGAGAUUAGUGAUGAUCAGGCCAAUAUGCUUAGAUCUGCAAAGGGAGUGAGAGUUGUAGACAAGAACCAAGAGCUUGCUUAGUGGAAUAAGAUGCUGUGCUUCUUCUGGCGGGGGAGGUGAUUUGUGUUGGUAUGACUUUGUAAAUAUUAGGGUUUCUAUAAUUUGCUUUCAGCAGAGAAUACUUGCUUUUGAGCUUUUGAAGGUUCAAGUUCAACUCAUCAGGUUGUAAAUGUUGAAAGACAGUCGAUGGGAAUCCCCUCUCUACUGGCGUUUUAAUACCACGUGUCUAUUUUUUUAAAGUUUGGAUGUCUCUCGCCAAGUCCAAUGGGUGUUUAAAGAAACAUAGAAGUACGGAGAUGUUCCCAAUGCAAGGUUAUAAAGGCUAUUACUGUUCAA